AUGAAAAGCCCUCCUCCCUCGGAGGUCCGCAAGAAGAAGUCGCUGCGGGCGGCGGAGGAGCCCGCCACCCUGUCCCCCUUCAUGGUUAUGGGCUCGGACCCAGCGCUCUGGCCCCAGUCCCAGUGGGCUAGGACCUCUGCCUUCAAGCCAUGGAGCCCCAUCGUGCCCGGCUCCAAGGAGCGGGCACUGGGCAAGGAGCACCAUCCCCACCUGCCGCUCCUGCCUGCGGGGGCACCCGCACCCCUGUACCCCAAGAACAGUCUGCCAUACUCAAUGGUGGCAUACUUUCCACCGGGGGCCGAAAUGGCUGGUCUCCACAAGCUGGAUCCGGGGAUCGUCAAGCUAGACCCCGACAGGCCGGAGCUGUGCCUACUUCCACCAACAGCAGUGGCUGCAGCAGCGGCGGCAGCUGCGCAGCAGAGGCACCUGCUGAAGAAGCAGAUGCAGGCAGAAGGGGAAGUGGUAGCCAAGAAGGAAGCGCCGCGGUCCCGCACGGGCAGCGUGGACUCUGGGCAGGGCGGGCCACCGGCCAAGGCCGUCAACGGCCGCGUGUCGGCGGAUACGGACGAGACCAUGUCCAACAGCAGCCUCAGCACCCUGUCUGGGGUGGAGGAGGUGGGGCUGCCGGCAGAGGACUGCCUGCGUGGGGAUGCCUGCCCCGGCGUGCCCCCGGAGCUGGAGGGUCUGUGGGGGGCCUUCGAGCGGCACUCGGUCGGGGACCGUGCCCGGCAGGACAUUGUGCGGGAGGUGCAGCUCCUGCUGGCGGCGGCCUGCCAGCAGAGGCACCUGCUUGGCAUGGGCCUGGCCGGUUACCGGCUGCUCCUGCACCAGCAGCAGGCCUCUCGUCAGGAGUCCGAGAGGCUACCCUGCAAGCUGGGACCGGGUCUCGGUGGGGAAAUCCCGCCCCCGGGGCCGUCCCCACACCCCGCCAAGUCCAUCUCGCCGCCUUCUCCGUCGCCGCUGCAGCCUCCCUCCUCGUCGUGCGACGCUGAAGCCCCCUCCCCGGUGGCCGGUGAAGACCGGGGGGAACCGAUGGUGCUGAGCCGCGAGAUGCCCAGGCCACUCGUCGAGAAGACGCUGCCGCUCCUGGCCACCUGAGCGCGCUGUUUUUCUCUAUGGCGUUUCCGUUCUCGUCCUCCUCGGAGUCCCGCUUUUUCGGACUCGUCCCAUGUCCCAUCCCUGUCUCGCGUUUCCCGGUGCCCCCGCAGGCAUCUCCAGUUUUGCUGCGUCUGCAACGGUUUCGGCGGUGAACAUGAGGAGCUCGUUGAAUUGUGUUGGGAAGCGUGGCAUGUGCGCUUUCUCCGUGCAUGUGGCGGUUGUCGACCGGAAGCGAACCUGCCGGGUAUUUUCCUGCACUCAGUUACCCUUGGCUGUUUUUAAAUUAGUUGGGAGAAUGCGUCUCCUUGCGUCGGAGGUCUGGCUCGGUUCAGCGCAAAGGCAAACGACGAUUCUGUACAAAGCUUUGUCGCAAACGUUUGGUUGGAGAAGUAUCGGGGAAGCACCGGUGUUUGUACAAGCGCCCGCUGGAGACUUUUUCAAAUUGUGGAGUCGUGCAAAGUUUGCAUCAAACUCCCCUUUCUCCGAAAACGGCCCCUUGCCCCUUUUCAUCCCAGGCCCUCGGUUUUACCUCACCCUCUCCAUACCUUUAAUUUAGCAAUUGCACCAUGCUUUUUAAUAUUUCACGUUCCCCCUCUUUUUUUAAAAUAAUUUAUUUUUUUGGCUUUUUUCCCCUUAUCUUUUUAAGCCGUUUUUUUUUUUUGUUAGCUUCUUGGGUUUUGAGACGAAUGAGGGAGAAAAACUUGGCACCCACCAAGUUUCGGCGUGCGACGCAAAAAUCGUUCUAGGCAACCAACUUCAAGUUUCCAAAAGAUUGCUGUAAAUAGUACAGUUUAUGUUUUUGCCACUUUUUUAAUUAACAAUCCUGAGGGGCAAUUUUAUUGAUAGGAAAUUUUUAAAUCUGCCCUCGUCUCUUUUUCCCGUUGUCGCCGUGCGCUUUCGUUCCGUCCCAAGUUUUUCCAAAAUCUUUACGACGCUUCUUCGGUGGUUAAGGGUAACGAGGGUCGCGGUUCGUCGCAACGUGGCCGCACGCUUGCACCGGGACGGCAGAGUAGACGCGACUAGGAUUGGAACAGCUCCGCGAUUACGCCUUUGGUCUUGCCAUUGGCCGAGUCCAAAGGACAAGCCCCGAGGCUCGUCGUCGGUCUUCGUCAAUGCCAGUCUUCUGGUCCCGUGGUGAAGACGAACGAAGUUCGAGCUGCGAUUUUGACUGAGUGCAGGAGGACACUUUGGCAGCUGCUUGGGAGGGGGAAGGACCAAUUGGGCGUGUUGGUCAAGCACCACUAACAACAUGGGGAGGAGGUAAGCAACCGCCACAUUCACGCACUCUGCGGUUGCACCCGCAGAGGCUGUGGCAGCGGCGAGUCUGUCGGGGGGGGGGGGGGGGGCGGCGUAUGAUACCACCGGGGUGGGAAUGCAAUAUUUCGGGAGCAGCCGCACGAUAUGCAAGUGGCGCAAGAGAGCGUCGCGGUU